AUGGAGGGUUCAGAGAUAAUGAGUCAAACCUCAGAAACAACAGAAGAGAAUAAAAAGGACAUUUUAAAGGAUUUCCAGACGUCUUUUUUCACUAUGAGUCGUCUGGCUUCAUUUCCCUGGACUUUUCUAGAAAAUGACCUCGAAAGCAACAAAUCAUCAGAGUUAAUAUCAGACAUCCUAAAACAGACGUGUCUUCACUCUCUGUGUCAGAAGUUUCCUCCGUCGGUCCGAUAUCGGCGGCUGUUUCUGUCCGAGCUCAUCAGACGGCAGGAGGCGGCAGGCAGCGAUCCUCUGGACGAGCUGUACGACGCUCUGACCGAGGUGGUGGCAGUUGCAGAGACGACUGAGUGCUACAAGAGUUACUUACUGCCCAGUGGAGACGCUGUCAGUCUGUUGGAGAACGUAGCUCUGAUCUCAGAGGGAACCACCGGCCUGGUGACCUGGGAGGCUGCUCUCUACCUGGCAGAGUGGGCCCUGGACCACCGGCAGACCUUCACUGGCAGGAAGGUUCUGGAGCUGGGCAGCGGCGUGGGUUUGACCGGGGUCACCGUCUGUCGCUCCUGCAGCCCGUCCAGAUACGUCUUCAGUGACUGUCACCCCAGAGUCCUGCAGAAGCUGAGAGACAACGUCCAGCUGAGCGGUCUGACCGAGCGGACGUCACCUUCGGUCAGCGUGGAGGAGCUGGACUGGACGGACGUGACGGUGGAGAGGUUAAAAGAGAUCGGGGGUGACACCGUCAUCGCUGCGGAUGUGGUGUACGACCCCGACAUCAUAGGAAGUCUGGUGCAGCUACUGUCCAAGAUUCUGAGGUGUUCGUCCGCUGAAGUCGUCCCGGAAAUCCUGAUCUGCUCCACCAUCCGAAACCCGGAGACGUACAGCAGCUUCAAGCAGCAGCUGGAAAACGCCGGGAUCAGCCAUCAUGUGAUCAGCGGACCCGUCAGCAAAGUUUUCCCUUACGACAGAGUCUCUGCAAUAGAAAUGAUCAAACUGUACAUGUGACACACUAAGAGCAGAAGAACUGGGAUGUUUUACUUCAGGAAAAAUGUAAAAACAUAUGAAAAUAUACUUCAUUACAAGUAAAAGCCCUGCAUUUAAAACCCUUACUGAAGUAGAAGUUCAGAGGUAUUAGCAGCUAAAUGUAAGUAUCAGAAGUUAAAGUUCUCCUAUUUAGAGGGAUGUUUACAUGCUGUUUAAUGAGACUUUACCCUGAUGAAUGUUGGUUUAGUGGCUCGUUCAACAAGCUAAGGUGCAGGACAGGAUGUGUACAUGUUUGUGAGUCAGAGAAGAAGGAGACUUUAGCAGGAAUGUUAAUGUUGGUUGUUAUUCAGAGUCUGUGGCUCUUGUGUUGAUUAUCAGGCUGCAAUCAGGCUCAGUGUGACCGUCUGCUCUGCUGAUCACAUCAUAUAAACCAGUACAUUUAACUUUUUCUAGCAGAUACAUGCUAUAAUAUCACCAAGAAAGUUGGUUUUAAUUAUGAUUUCAUUGAUUUUGUGAAAUAUUGAAGGUUCGGUGACAUAAUAUAAAGUUUAUUACAAGAAGUUUUAUAUCUUGUCAUACUGAUAAAAUACCAAGAUAACAUGAAAAUAAUCCAUGUAUCAGGCCUGUUUAAAGCUUGUUGAUAUGCUUUUAUUUAACCUAGGUGAUAUUUUCACUGCAGUUACUUAUAAUGGAGAAUAUAAUAUAUUUAUAUCACAGUAUUGCUUCUCUUACUUCAGUAAAGUUUCUCAGCACUGAUCAACACACUGUAAUGUUUUAUUUGUCUCAAACUGGAGAUGUUUCCCUCUCUACCUCCUAACUGUCAUUGUAGUCUUUUUAUCUACGUAUAAACACCAAGACACCUCUGAUUCUACUUUUGUUAACAUUGGAGUAUUUCACACACUCACUCACGCACUCACGCACGCACGCACGCACACACACACACACACACACACACACACACACACACACACACACACACACACACACACA